AUUUUCUGUCUUUUGGAACUCUUUCAUACUAUUUUUGGCUGGCUUUUGGUUUUGGGGGAGGUCUGGAUAUGCAAGCUCAAGAGGAAUUUGUGGGGUUUAAUGAUAGCCGAGCCUUGAUUAUGAAAGGCAAGCGUAUGAAGCGCCCAAGGCCGGCGUCCCCGUUCGGUGUCAUGGUGACUUCUAGCUCAUCAAGUGGCGGCGGCGGAGUGGUAGAGGAAUAUAACUCGAUUUCCUCUUCGACGACGAUGUCUGGUGAUCGGAUUUACGAGAGCACCGAGGAAGAAGAGGAGAUGGCUAAUUGCCUAAUCAUGUUGGCACAAAGUGAUGGUCCGAGAAGGAACGUUGAGUUUUAUGUGUACGAGUGCAAAACUUGUAACCGAUCUUUCCCUUCUUUCCAAUCACUAGGAGGGCAUAUGGCAAGCCACAAGAAGCCGAAAUGUGCCAUCGAUCACAAAAAACCACUAGUUUUGGCGGUUGAUGAUGCAGUCAUGGCUUUACGAGCAAGUAACAAAAAGGGUAACAAGAUUCACGAGUGUUCGAUAUGCGGCUCGGAGUUCACGUCUGGUCAAGCUCUUGGAGGUCACAUGAGACGGCACAGGGCGGCAGCAACGGCAGCUGGAACAGAUCAACCAGCCAUGAAUGUUGAUCAAAUCAGCAUUAAAACCGCAAGCAAAUCGAACAAGCCAUUGUUGGAUCUUAAUCUUCCAGCACCAGAAGAUGAUCUCAGAGAUUCCCAGUUUCAGUUUGGUACAUCCCAACAGGCUAUUGUUUUCUCCAGACCAGCUUUGGUAGAUUGUCAUCACUAAAA